UAUCAGAGUUCACCAAUUGUGACACGACGGGGAGCACAAAAAUCUAAAAUACAAACGCGAGCAAUGGUCAAAUCAUCAGUUGAGACACGCAAGCCGAAUGCAGCACUACAGGAGGCAAAGCGUAAGGCUAAGCUAUUGAAAAUGCAACAACCCACACAAUUGGAUGGCACCGUUAAGGAUAUAUUCCAAAAUGCUGUCAAUGCGAAAUUUUUGAAACAACGUCCAACAGGGCUGGUUUAUGAUGAAUCAAUGUCCCAACACCGUUGCCUUUGGGAUGACAAACACCCAGAAUGCCCAGAACGUUUUAUAAGAGUAUUGGAUCGUUGUCGAGAAUUAAAUUUGGUGGAACGAUGCCAGCUUAUAUCAUCGCGACGCGCAACAAAAGAUGAGAUCAUGCUUUUGCACAGUGAGGAACAUUACAAACUUUUAGAAAAAACAUCCGGUGUACAUGACGAUGAGAAAAUGGAAGAUUUCAGUUCACAUUAUGACUCAGUUUAUAUACAUCCUACUACAUUUGAAUUGUCUCUAUUGGCAGCCGGAUCAACAAUAGAUUUAGUAGAAAAUGUUGUCAGUGGUCAUAUUCAAAAUGGCAUGGCCAUAAUACGACCACCGGGACAUCAUGCGAUGAAGGCUGAAUUUAAUGGUUAUUGUUUUUUCAAUAAUGUGGCCAUUGCUACACAAUACGCCCUCGAUAUACUGAAAGUAAAUAAGAUUAUGAUUAUUGAUUGGGAUGUACAUCAUGGCCAAGGAACACAAAGAUUUUUCUAUCACGACCCAAGAGUUCUAUAUUUUUCAAUUCACCGUUUUGAACACGGCACCUUCUGGCCAAAUCUAAAGGAAUCAGAUUAUGAUGCCAUUGGCUAUGGCCCCGGUUUGGGUUAUAACUUUAAUUUACCCCUCAACAAAACGGGCAUGACAAAUGGCGAUUACUUGGCCAUAUUCCAACAGAUCUUAAUACCGGUGGCCUGUGAAUUUCAGCCAGAAAUAAUUAUUGUGUCUGCUGGUUAUGAUGCCGCCUUGGGUUGUCCUGAGGGCGAAAUGGAAGUAACACCAGCCUUUUAUAGCCACCUUAUAAAUCCUCUUCUGAAGUUGGCCAAUUCUCGUUUGGCUGUUGUUUUAGAGGGUGGCUAUUGUUUGGAUUCACUGGCCGAAGGUGCAGCUUUAACAUUGAGAGCCCUUUUAGGUGAACCAUGUCCUGCCUUAGUAGAGAAACUAGAACCACCUUGUGCCUCCAUUCAAGAGUCAAUUCUUAACUGCAUUUUUGCCCAUCGUUCGUAUUGGAAGUGUUUGCAAGCUCAAGGCACCUAUACAAUGGAAGAUAUAAAUAAUGUCAAUCCACAAAAUAAUUUACACAAAGUUAGUCGUGUAUUUAUUGGGGGACCACCAUUGCCAGAACGCUUCCCUACCAGAGGUACUGGUCCGGUAAUACCAUUAGAUGUGAUUGAACGUAAUGCACAACGAUUGAAAAGACUAAAAGCGGAAACAAAAUUAUUUUCACCCAAGAUUCGUGUCUGUUAUGUCUACGACGAACUUAUGUUACAGCAUUCCAACACCUAUGAAGAAGGACACCCCGAACAACCGGCACGUAUACAAAAAAUCUAUGAAAUGCAUCAAGACUAUAAGUUAUUAGAUCGCAUGCAAAAACUACCCUCCCGCUCGGCGACAACAGACGAAAUUUGUUUGGCUCAUACCAGAUCCCAUUUGAAUUCCAUAAGACGUAUCGGUGAAAAAGAUGAAUUGCAGAAUAUGGGUGCCAAAUUCAAUUCCGUUUACUUCCAUCCAAAAACUUUUGAAUGUGCCACACUAGCUGCCGGCUCUGUGUUGCAAGUUGUGGAUAAAGUGGUGACGGGAGAGGCACGUAGUGGCGUUUGCAUUGUCAGGCCUCCGGGUCAUCAUGCCGAAUCCGAUGUACCACAUGGCUUUUGUAUUUUUAAUAAUGUGGCUAUUGCGGCUCAGUAUGCCAUCCGUGAUCAUGGGCUGAAAAGAGUUCUUAUUGUUGAUUGGGAUGUUCAUCAUGGUAAUGGUACCCAGCACAUAUUCGAGGGCAAUCCACAAGUUUUAUAUAUAAGUAUACAUCGUUAUGACAAUGCCUCAUUCUUCCCCAAGAGUAAAGAUGGUGACUAUGAUUGCGUGGGCAAAGGUGCUGGUGUGGGAUUUAAUGUAAACAUUCCAUGGAAUAAGAAAGGCAUGGGCGAUUUGGAAUACAUAAUGGCCUUCCAGCAUAUAAUAAUGCCCAUCGCAUAUGAGUUUGACCCACAAUUAGUUUUAGUAUCGGCCGGCUUUGAUGCUGCUAUUGGAGAUCCACUUGGUGGUUGCAAAGUAACACCUGAAGCUUAUGGUCUCUUUACACACUGGCUCUCGGCUCUGGCCAAUGGUCGCAUAAUAGUCUGCCUAGAGGGUGGUUAUAAUGUCAAUUCAAUUUCCUAUGCUAUGACUAUGUGCACCAAGUCAUUGCUAGGUGAUCCCAUACCAUCAGUGCAAUUAAACGGCAGUUCUGCGCGUCCACCCACGGUUGCCUACUUGAGCUGCAUGGAAACACUACAGAACUGCAUUAGUGUCCAAGAGCGUUAUUGGAAAAGUUUAGCCUUUGGCAAACGGUUACCCCUGGUGUCGGGCGAGAACAACAAUGAGGAUUUUCUUUCUGUUACUUUACAAAAUUUAGAUAUUACAAGGGAUGAUGUACAGGGUGCUGCUGGUGGUUCCGGCGACGCCCAAUCGAAUAUAUCUUUAGAGGCAAGUGGCAGUAAACCGAAGGUAAAAGUCAAAACUCUAACCGAAUUUCUCACAGAGCACAUGCAGGCAUUUGAAAAUAAUGAAAUGUUUGCUGUUGUGCCUUUAAAGAAUUGUCCUCAUUUAUCACAGCUGCAUCCAGAGGAUGCGCCAAAAUCAAUAAAUACAAAUCAACCAUGCAAUGAAUGUUCCUCGGUGGCUGAAAACUGGAUGUGUCUCAGUUGCCACCAAGUGUUGUGCGGCCGUUAUGUUAUGGAACAUAUGAUGUUCCACAAUAUCGAAACAUCCCAUCCGAUGGCUUUGAGCUUUAGUGAUUUAUCCGUUUGGUGUUAUCCCUGCGAAUCGUAUAUUGACAAUAGAAAAUUGCAUGUCUACAAAAAUCUAGCACAUUUACACAAAUUUGGCGAAGAAAUGCAAUGGGCGUAUGACGAAGAUGGCCAGCAACAACAUAACAGACGCAACAACGAUGACAGUGACGACGAUGAUGAUGACGACGACAGCAGUAGUUGUAGUCGACCAUUUGGCUCACAACAAAACUAUUACCUGCAGUUGAAUGUGGAUUCGAAUAACUGA